AUGCUCUCACGUGUUGCUGCAGAGAAGGCACCCCGCACACACAACCGUCGCCGCGUGACCGGAUCCAGCGGAAGGAGGAGGGAAGGAAGAGAGAGUGGGCAUCAGAGGCCUAACAUGUCCCGGCAUGUGUUUGCUUCCGCGGCGCUGCUCCUCUUUUUUGUGACGGUUUGCUGUGGCAGUGGAGGUGCACACGCUGUGAAGAGUAAGUCCGGGGCUGUGCAACUGGCGCAGGAGAUCGACUUUUUUGUGCCGAAUAAGACGCAGGUGUUGUCAAGACAUGGGACUGGUGAAACUGGAGUGAAGGAAGCAUUUGCCUCACCCUCUCUCGUCCGUGCUGGUGAGGUGAUGGUUGCCAUUGCUGAAGGCUUGUUUGAAUAUAACGGCCAUGAAAAUAACUUGUUUGGGAUUUGGUCUCCCGACAUUGUGGCCGGGUACAUCAAGGCUGCGGAGAAGUGGCCGUCCAUUGUCGCUGAGAUCACCAAGGUGGAUUGGAGGGCACACACCGUGCUUGGCAGUAGACAUGGCGAUAAUCGUUUGCGCGUUUUGCACCGGCCCACAGCAGUUGCGAGGGACAGUAAGGUUUUUCUACUUGUGGGAGGCGAUACUGUAGGAUAUGACAGUGGUGAUGGGAUGUGGAAGAAAAAUGGCUGGGAUAUUCAACUGGUUGAGGGUGUGGCCACGCAGUCCACGGACGGCGUGCAGAGUACACUGAUCAACUGGGCUGAACCCAAGUCGCUUUUACAACAGAUCCCCAAUCACACUAAAGAUCAGCUGAGGGAUUUUGUGACUGCUGGUGGUUCAGGCAUUGUGAUGCAGAA